CCUUUCCAUCUCAAACCCUUUGAACCGUUCGCAAUGACCCAGUUGUACCACCCAGACCUGCUCGCCCCCUACCUCGCCCUCCCCCAGGGCGACAAGAUCCAGGCUGAGUACGUCUGGAUUGACGGCGACGGUGGCCUCCGUUCAAAGACCACGACCGUCACCAAGAAGGUCACUUCGAUUAGCGACCUUCGUAUCUGGGACUUCGACGGUUCCUCCACCGGCCAAGCCCCUGGCGGUGAUUCGGAUGUCUACCUCCGCCCCGCUGCCAUCUUCAAGGACCCUUUCCGUGGCGGUGACAACAUCCUUGUCCUUGCGGAGUGCUACAACAACGACGGCACCCCGAACAGGACCAACUACCGCUACCACGCCAAGAAGGUCAUGGACCAGGCUAAGGACGAGCUGCCCUGGUUCGGUCUUGAGCAGGAGUACACCCUCUUCGACAUGGACGGACAGCCCUUCGGUUGGCCAAAGGGCGGCUUCCCCGGUCCUCAGGGCCCUUACUAUUGCGGUGCUGGUGCCGGCAAGGUUUUCGCUCGCGACCUGAUUGAGGCCCACUACCGUGCCUGUCUCUACUCCGGCAUCAACAUCUCCGGCAUCAACGCCGAGGUCAUGCCCUCUCAGUGGGAGUUUCAGGUUGGCCCCUGCGAGGGUAUCUCCAUGGGCGACCACCUCUGGAUGGCGCGCUACCUCCUCGUCCGCAUUGCCGAGCAGUGGGGCGUCAAGGUCUCCUUCCACCCUAAGCCCCUCCAGGGCGACUGGAACGGUGCCGGCUGCCACACCAACUACUCCACCAAGGCGAUGCGCGAGGCCGGCGGCCUCAAGGCGAUUGAAGCUGCGAUCGAGAAGCUCGCGGCGCGCCACAACGAGCACAUUGCCGUCUACGGCGAAGACAACGACCUCCGUCUCACCGGACGCCACGAGACCGGUCACAUCGGCACCUUCUCCUCUGGUGUCGCCAACCGUGGUGCCUCGAUCCGUAUUCCCCGCCAUGUCGCGUCUCAGGGUAUGGGCUACCUUGAGGACCGUCGCCCGGCUUCCAAUAUCGACCCGUACCGCGUCACCGGCAUCAUUGUCGAGACGACUUGCCUGCUCUAGACCAUGGGUGCCAAAACAGAUGCUUAGAAAUAAGACUGGGGCUGUAUAGCUUGUAUUAUUGCGGUGUUUAUCGAAAGACAAAGGGUGAUAAUCAU